GAGGCACACACUGGCGCAUUGCAUCGCUUUUAUUCUCGAAUCUUUUUUUACCCACUAGCAGUGUAACGACGUCUGACAGACACCACACCGUAGAGAACCUUCCACACGUCCGAAACCGACGACGAGAGUCGAAUUUCUCUUUUUCUUCCCCUCCUGUAUUCUUUACUUCCUCGGCUGGUUGGCAUUUUCGACAGUGUUUGCCAUGACGGAUAAAGAGAAGCAAUUGCAGGACGUCAAGGGGGAGCUUGAGCGUAUCAAAGCCCAAGGCAGCAACCAGUAUGAUGCCUACCAGACGGUCCUAACCCGCCGCUACUGUAGCGCCGCUAUGUCUGAGCUGUUCAGUCAACGAUCAAGGAUAGGUAUAUGGCGUAAGCUCUGGUUGGCUCUAGCUGAGAGCGAAAGAGCCCUGGGAAUCGAUGCCAUCAGCCUCGAGGCCUUAGAUGAGAUGAGAUCUCAUCUCUAUGUCACCGACUCGGAUUUUGAGAUCGCCCGGAUUGAAGAGAAGAAGCGUCGGCAUGAUGUCAUGGCUCAUGUCCACGCAUUCGGCAUCGUUGCGCCCGCUGCGGCGGGCAUAAUUCACUAUGGCGCAACGAGUUGCUUUGUGACCGACAACGCCGAGUUGGUCAUCAUGCGGGAUGCUUUAGAUAUUCUGCUCAACAGACUGGCUAAAGUCAUCUGGAAUCUGUCAAACUUUGCCAUGCAGUGGAAAGAGGAACCAACACUUGCCUACACCCACCUUCAACCAGCACAAUUGAUCACUGUUGGGAAGCGAGCCGCCCAAUGGGUACAAGACCUAAUGUUCGAUAUUCGCGCUAUCGAACAAGUGCGAAAUGAUCUCAAAUUUCGCGGUGCUCAAGGAACAACCGGAACGCAAGCCUCCUUCUUAGAGAUCUUCCAAGGCGACUCCUCCAAAUGCGACCAACUUAAUGCGCUAUUAUGCACGAAGCUUGGGUUUCCAAGUUGCUAUGACAUUUCAACCCAAACAUAUACACGCAAAGUAGACUUAAUAAUCGCCAAUGCUGUCUCGGGUCUUGGCGCUACUGCACAAAAGAUUUGCGGUGACAUUCGUCAUCUUGCCAACUGGAAGGAGAUUGAGGAACCCUUUGAACAAAAUCAGAUAGGGUCUUCGGCGAUGGCCUACAAGCGCAAUCCUAUGCGCUCAGAGAGAGUGUAUUCGUUAGCACGUGAAUUGAUGUCGAAACCUGCUAAUUUCGCAAACACGCUUUCGGACCAAUGGGCCGAAAGGACGCUCGACGACUCGGCUAUUCGCAGAAUGGAUAUACCAGAUAUGUUCUUGCUGGCUGAGGCUAUCCUUCUUGGUCUCGAUAAUAUUACAGAUGGACUGGUAGUAUACCCGAAGCGAAUCCAAAGUCGUGUACUUGAAGAGCUGCCAUUUAUGAUUACCGAAAGUAUAAUCAUGAAGCUCGUGGCCAAAGGGGCAUCAAGACAAGAUGCUCAUGAAGAGAUCCGCGUCCUCUCGCACGAAGCAGGAAGUGUCGUCAAGAACGAGGGUAAGGCCAAUGACCUCGUCGCGCGCAUUAAGAGCAAUGAAUUCUUCAAGCCAAUCUGGGGCGAGCUGGAUGGCAUGCUGGAUCCUUCACUCUAUACUGGCCGGAGCGUUGAGAUCGUGGAGAAAUAUUGCGGUGCCGGAGGACCUGUGGAGUUAAAGCUAGUGCCGUACAUGAGGUACAUCACGGAAACUACCACAGCAGAGCUGAAUGUUUAAGUUGGGAGACGCAUAUCUGGAGCGUAGAAUAUGAUUAUGAGGGGAAACAAAAGAAAAAGCGUAACUAGUUAUAUAUAUAUAAUUGUUAGAAAAUUUAAUAUUUGAUCACAUAA